UCAUUUACAGCGUACGUCAUCAAGAAGCUGCGCGCGCAUUGUGGCAACGGAAGUACCGCCUCGGAUUGUUUACGCGGCAUUGUCAAACUCAGACAAGGAAGGAGAACGCAAAAAUAACGCCGAACAUUCACCAUCAAAAUGUCAGACUGUUGUCUGUGGUUGUACGAACCGAAACACGCAGGAGGGACUGAAGUUUUUUCGCAUACCGAGGGGUUCUCAGCCGUUCCAGAGCCACCGCAGGCGGCUGUGGCUUCAAGCCAUCAAGCGGGAGGAUUGGACCGAGGACACCAUAAAGAAUGCGCGCGUCUGUGGUGCCCAUUUUAUAUCAGGAGAAGCGUCGCUGGACUGGCAAAGUCCUGAUUUUGUGCCUUCUGUCUUUGUGUACACCAAACAAAGUCAGAGACCCGAGGCAAAGAUUGAAAGGUACCAUCGGAAAAGGAGGAGAGAUGACAGGGCAAACAAGCCACCAGUUCAAAUUGGUCCCCGUGACACUCCAGAAGAACCAGGAGUAUCCAGCAUGGAACACUGCAAUGCACAAGAAGACAUCCCAGUUCCAAGGAAAGAAUAUGAUGAUCUCAACAUGAGGCACCAUCAACUUCAAGAGGAAUAUGUCAACCUGCAGCAGGACUUCGGCAAACUGCAGACUGAGAAUCAAAAGCUUAAAGAGGAGCUGGAAAGAUCGACGUUUUCCUAUGCAAACGUUAAGUCCAACAUAGCAAAACUAAUUUUUUUCACAGGACUAACAUCUACUCUGUUUCAGUGGCUGCUAACAAUAAUAUCAGAUAGUGUAGAGAGAGUAAGCCAGAAAAUUAGUAAGGAGGACCACUUAUUGAUUGUCCUAAUGAAAUUACGGUUAGGCUUAAGUAACAUUGACUUGGCUUUUAGGUUCAAUUUAUCCAAAACCACCAUAUCAAAUAUUUGUACAAGCUGGAUACCUGCCAUGGCCAUUAUUCUCAAGCCGCUCAUUAAGUGGCCAAGCAAGGGAGCCGUACUUAAAAAUAUGCCUAAAAUCUUCAAGCGUAACUUUAAAAGAUGUCAGUGCAUCAUAGAUUGUACUGAAAUUUUUAUAGCCAGACCCAGUAAUUUGACAGCAAGGGCACAGACAUGGUCAAAUUAUAAACACCACAACACAAUCAAAUAUUUAAUUGCCAUCACUCCAGCAGGGGCAAUUUCUUUUCUGUCUCCUGGUUGGGGUGGGCGGGUAUCGGACAAACAAAUAACUAUGGAAUCUGGUUUCUUAAAACUAUUGGAGCCCAAGGACGAUGUAUUAGCAGAAAGGGGCUUUCUCAUAAGAGAUGAACUUGCAGCUCAUGAAGCAAGUCUUCAUAUUCCUCACUUCACAAAAGGGAAGAAGCAGCUCUCUGCAAAUGAAGUGGACACAUCUCGACAACUUUCUCGUGUUUGGAUCCAUGUGGAGAGAGUCAUUGGUCGGUGGAAAAACUUUAAAAUUUUGCAAACUGUAAUACCAUUGUCACAGGUUCAUAUGUUAGAUGAUAUUGUUGUUGUAUGUGGUGCCCUGAUAAACCUUAUAAAACUGUUGUUCCAAAAUAAGUUACAACUGAAUAAGAAAGAAUACAGAAUUAACUGUUUGUACAAAGUUAGUUGGAGCCCUGUUACAGUUGUACCUUUCUUCCAUGGAUUCAUGUUUGCAUGAUGCAAGUGUUUAUUGUUAAAGGGAUUUCCUGUAAGUUGAUUAUCUGAAC